ACGGACGGAGGAUGCUCUCUCCUCGUUGCCGCCGCCGAGGAGGGAAGGCAGCUGGACAGGAGGCGAGAUGGGCUGCGGAGGGAGCCGCGCCGACGCCAUUGAGCCCCGCUACUACGAGAGCUGGACGCGGGAGACCGAGUCCACUUGGCUCACCAACACCGACGCCGCCAACGCCUCAGACCCCCAGCAGCAGCAGCCUCCGCCUCCGCAGGCAGACCCCGAGGCCCCUACCCUCAGCCGGGCCCUGGGAAUUUUGGAAGAUAGCAAAUCAACUCAGACCUGCAUUUUAAAGUCCUCAGCUGCAGGUGGAAUCACUGGUACUGAAAAGAGAACUCACUGUGGUACUCAGUGUACAAAACUGGCAGUUCACACCACUGGAACUUCAGUAGAGAAGCAACAGAAUGGCUUCAGAAGCACUGAGGAUAAAUGGGACAACAAGAAAAAAGCCACCAAGGAAGUGACUAUUAAUGCCUCCAAAACAAUCAGACAAAUUAACAGCAACAGAAGAAUUACAAAGAACUGUGUCAACUAAAAAGAAAAAGAAAUGAUGAAAGAACUCUGCAAUAUUUUGCUGCACUUUAAAGAACUACUUAAUGUGAAGAUCUUGGUGUUUAGGUUUUAUUCUGAAUGUGAUGGCUGGCUGCUUUGAGUGCCUUUGGAAAAACCCAUGAUCCUCUUAGGUCUAAACGUCUGUUGACACUGGAUGCUUGGACAUUUUUUGUUAUGUGUUGCCAUUUGGGUGAGGCUGGUCAAGCAAUUAGUGCAUAUUUUAUAUUGUCACUUAAAUAAUUUCAUAUAAAAAUAAAAUCAAAGUAUUUUUUCAAAAAAACCUCAAGACAAUCCCUCAGAAACUGCUUCUCUGACUUAUGCUAUUAGGUACACAGAGGUUGAGAAGUCACCCUGUGGUUGUCACUUCUAUUCAAUUUGGAUAUCAAAUAUUCAGCAUCCUAACCCUCAGGAUGUUCUCAGCAAUUACUGUAUACAGAGUGGUAUAUUUCUGUUAUUUAUUUCAGUGGCAUGUUGAAUGUACCAUAUAAUAGUGAUGCCAUUUGUUAUACCAUGAGAGUUACAUCAUUAUCAUGUAUAACUUGUUACUACAGAAUAUGUUGGGUGGUCAGGCUGGUGCUGGCAGGGAUAAUUCUGUGGUAGGCGAAAGGCAAAGAAUGAUGUCACACCCCAACAGUGCCUACGUCUGCACCACAUGGGAGCUUUGCACUGUGUUGAAAUGUUACAGCUGACAAUGGUAUCUGCUCUUUGAAUGGUGGAAUCAGUCCUGUGGGCAUUCCUCAGAUCUGCCUAUUCCCACAUAAUAGUUUUAAUUCAUACUCUUUAUAUGUGUAGUAUCUAUAAUUAUAAUGGUGUAUAAUGCUUCAGCACAGCAUGGUUGGCUGUUCAAGACUGUUGUCUUAUCCAUAAUCACUAAAGUAUAAGCCAAUGAAUGUACUUCUCAGUAAACAUGUACAAUAUUAGGCACUAUAUGGAUUGGACCAUAUCUGCUAUGCAGUGCUACACACAACUAAACUGCUUAAAUUCCUUUGAUUUACAUGGCAUACUUAGUAGCCUGAUUUGUUCCAGAACCAGCCCUGUGUAGACAUUCACACCUCAGUGAUCCCUGAAUGUAAAGGAGGCAGCAGCCUUGGCAUGCUUGUUCCAGUCUUGGCAUGCUUGCUGACAACAUCCCUGCUCCCUAUUCAUUUACUUAAAUAAGCGGUGUGCACAAAUGUAAGGUAUGAAAAGGGCUUCAAUAAAUGUACAGUUUAUGCGUGCAAACUCUACACACACAUUCAAAAACUAAUUAAUUGGAGUUCCUGAUCACAUAGAGAACCUGCACACAAAUCUGUGCACAAACUCUACACCUCAUAUUGCAUAUCUGGAGGCUGGGAUCAGGUUGGUAGGCACUGUCAUAUUCCCCCAUCCCUCACCAGCAUUAUGCUGGUAUUAUGCACAAGGAUUGGGCGCUAUGUACAUAGAUCUCACAGAGAAAGCAUGUGACUUAAUUUUCUGCACAACCGACUUACACAUUUUUUCCAGAAGGAAUUACAUAUGCACCAUGCUUGUUUCUGUGCAGCCAGC